UUGAAUAAAAAUAAUUGCCUAUGCAUAACUCCUUAAAAAUUACGAUAAAAAUAAUAAUGUAUUAUGAUGUUUAGCGUAGAUAUGCAAUAUGUGUAGUCAUAGACACAACUUGUAUAAUUUGACUAAUAUUUUCGGUCUAUUUGAACGAUAGAUAAUCAUACUUAUUAAAUUAUAAGUAUAGCUUAUUGUCUAAUUUUAAAAAUUUGAGCUAGAAAAUGAAUGAUAUUCACCAUGAAUUUGAAGAAACUGUGAAACGUAUCCAAUCUCAUAACGGAGUUGAUGGUGUCAUUGUCGUAAACAAUAAUGGUGAUCUCAUAACUUCAACUCUAGACAUGAGAUCGUCUGUUAACAAUGCUGAAAUGAUGUCGAAGUUGGCUGACAACGCAAAGGGGUUUGUCAGAAACUUGGAUCCGACUAACGAGUUAACGGUUUUACGAAUGGGUUCUAAAAGGCGAGAGGUACUGGUAGCACCUGGUAAAUUUCAUUUAAACAUUUUUUUUAGACAAAUAAUAUUUUGAAUAUAUUUUGAAAUGUAUACAUGUCAUGCGUUACCUUAUACACAUAUAUUUUUUUUCUUAUUAUCUUCAUCAUCACCGUAUACAUUUAAGAAUAACGUUAAUUUUUAAAAUAAAUUACCUAA